UGAUUCAGAAGUCAGAUUUCUCACAGGAACAGUCACUUCACUAAAAGCAGAAACACACUGCAGUUGGCUAGUGAGGACAGACUAUUCUUUUUUCUCUUUGAUGGAGAAUUGAAUGAUUUACAGAAAACUAUACAAACUUUCAAACUGAAUAUUUUAUUUCGACUUGCUCACUGCUUUUUCAGUCGGUCUUGAGAAAGUGCGUUAUGUCCAGAGUUACCAAUCUGUCAAAACUGCGUCAGGAGAGGAUGCGGGAGAUCAACCUGCGGAAUAAAGAGCGAGAGCGCAUGAGGGAGCGAGAGAAAGCUGCAAGGGAGAGUGUGGUGCUCAAGCCCAAUGGUCACCUUUUUACAUCUCUGACAGUGUCAGGAACCACACUCUGCUCAGCAUGCAACAAGAGCAUCACUGCAAAGGAGGCUCUCUGCUGCCCUACAUGCAGUGCCACUAUCCACAACCGAUGUCGAGAUACUUUGCCAAACUGUGCCAAAAUGAAACAGAGGCAACAGAAGACGGCCCUGAUGAAGAACAAUGUUCCACUGCGUGCAAAAACUCAAGGAAUGCGAGAACGUCCAACUUCAGCUAUUUACCCCUCUGAAAGCUUCCGACAAUCUCUGCUCAGAUCACGCCGUGGCCGCUCUCACCUAUCCCUGUCCAAGAGCGUCUCCACCAACAACAUCGUAGGGUCGCUGAAUGAUGAUGCUCCCCUGGGACUACGCAGAAUUCUCUCCCAGUCAACAGACUCCCUCAGCUUCAGAAACAGAACGAUGUCGAUGGAGUCGCUCAAUGAUGACGGAGAACUGUACUACGCCUCAGUCCUGGAGGAGAUCGAGCUUGAGGGCCAGGACUUUAAGGCUGACUCGUGGAGCAUGGCUGUGGAUAGCAGUUACUUACAGACACAUCGCAAAAAUGUUAUCAAGAGGCAGGAUGUCAUCUAUGAGCUGAUCCAUACAGAGCUGCACCACAUGCAGACACUGCAGAUCAUGGAGAGGGUGUUUCGACAGGGCAUGCUGGAGGAGCUUCAGUUAGAGCCCAGCACCGUGCAUGCUAUGUUUCCCUGCCUGGACCAGCUCAUCAAGAUACAUUCCCAGUUUCUGGCACAACUUCUCCUGCGGCGCAAGAACAGCCUGCAACCUGGAUCCAACCACAAUUACACCAUUCAUCAGCUGGGGGAUAUUCUAGUAGAGCAGUUCUCAGGCCAGUCUGCAGAUGACAUGCAGAAGACUUAUGCCGAGUUCUGUAGCCGACACUUAAAGGCUGUCAAAUUAUACAAGGAGCUGCUCGCUAAAGACAAGAAGUUCCAGUUCUUCAUACGGCAGCAGGUGAGUCGAGGACCCUUGCUACGUUGCCAUGGUGUUCAAGAGUGCAUCUUAUUGGUGACUCAGCGGAUGUUCAAGUAUCCUGCACUUAUUCAGCGCAUUCUGGACAACACAACAGAUGAUGAAGAAGAAGCUUCCUCUGUGGCCCAGGCUCUGCUGAUGAUCAGAGAACUGCUUAGUUCAAUAGACCAACAGAUGGACGAUCUGGAGAAAACGCAGCGGCUUCAGGAAAUCCAUGCCAAGCUUGACCCAAGGGCUGAGGCCAUAGUACGGGAUGGAGGAAUAUUUAAAGCUGGAGAGUUACUCCGAAGGAGACUUAUCCGUGAAGGGACCCUUUUCUGGAAAACUCCAGGAUCACGACUCAAAGGACAAGCCUCCAGUACUGUCCCUUCAGAACCUAAUAGUAAGGGACAUAGCCAAUCAGGAACGAGGCAUGUAUCUGAUUAGUGAUUCCACCCCUCCUGAGAUGUAUGAGUUUUAUGCUGCCUCCAAGGAUGACAAGAACAUCUGGAUACGCCAUGUACAGCACGCUGUCAGCAAGUGUCCAUCAAGAGAGGAGUUUCCCCUGAUAGAGUCGGAACACAAGGCUCACCUGAGGAGGCUCAAAGCUGACCUGCAGCACAAGGACCAGGAGAUGCUGGAGCUCCUGCAGGAAAGAGUGACUUUAUUCUGUGAACUGGCAGAGGUGACAAGUGGCCAGGAGAGCCUGCAGCCUCCCAUCACUCGCUACUUGUUUAGGGCUGACACACCACAAGCUCCUCGUGCUGAAAAACUAUUACUGGAUGCCACAUCUGAGGGUGACCAAGAGCUGUUGGUCAAUGGAGCCCAGCAUUUUAUUGCAGCAAAGGAAUGCACGAAGCGACAAGACAAGUCACCGCUAAUGGAGAUCUGCCAAAGGCUGGUGAAUCUCAGCGUUUAUCUUCAUGCACUCCAGGGUGCUGUUAUUAAGCAAGACUCAAUCUUGGAGCUGUUACUGCAGCAGCAGGGCACCAUGUCUCCAAGUGAAGUAUGGCGCCCUCUGUUGCGAGAUGGAGGCCAUCGGGAAGCCACUGUAUUGUCAACCAUAGGAGAACUGGCGCUUCUGCAGAGACAACACAGCCUGCUGCAGGAAGAGCUGCUGAGACUGAGGGAUGCAGAAAAUCGGUUCAAAGACAGCGAGAGGGCCCGGGCUGAGCUAGAGAGGCAGGUCCGACAAAUGAAAGCCACCAGUGGGGUUGCACCUGCUUCACAGCGGUAUGGAGAACAGGCCUCUCAGAUGUCUAAGCCUUUGUCAAUGCAGUCAGAAACAGAGAUGUCUGGAGUUUAUAACAUGCAAGCCAACCAAGAUUCUGUUCACCAGUCAAGCCUGCAGCAAGUCAUUGACCUAGAGGUAUAUGUGACGUCAGAUGAUGAUGACGAUGGGACUGCAUCUGAAAGCUCCAAAGAUCUUCACGAUAUUCCAGAGGAGAUCUGAUCCUUGGCAUGUUUUCAUUCUGCUAAUGACUGUAUGAAUAUAUUUGCUCAUCUGAAGUCUUGAUAUUUUUGAUCUGCUUUGUUUUUGAGUAGUUUGUGUUGACGUGGCAGUGAGUUUUACAUUUAAUCACACGUUGCAUGAUAAACUUACAAGUAUUACAACUACUAAUGUCUUAAUGAAAUUUAUCAACACUUUACCCAAAGCUCUUGGACUUGGAAAAAACACAAAAUAUAAAAUAAAAUUAAAAAAACAACUAUAACUUAAACAUUUUACAAAAUCAAUACUAACCAUCAAACGGUCUGACAGCGACUGCAUCAUUUCACCUGCUUUUUCCAUCAGUAAGCUGUUGAUAUAUUAAAGUUUUGAAGUUCAUGCUUUAGGUGCUGGCAAAUGAUGGGCUUCGAUUGUAGAUACACUGCACUGUUUGUUCGAAUGUUGUGUUGAAAUUCUUGACGUGAUACUUCGGCCUACAGUUUGAUCCCUACUGUGACCAACAGCAAAGGGAGGAUGCAGCACAUACAUGUUCUGGUUUUUCAUGUUCUGUGUGUCAGUCUAUCUUCUGUUGCUCUGUAUUAUCUGCAGUAUUGUUCUUUCAUUAAUUACUAACCCAUGUGCCUAAUUGUUGUAGUACUUUGAUGACGACACAGUUGUAUGCAAAAAGUACUUGUCUCACAUAUUAACUACUAAGUAACUAGAUCAGUGUUGAACUUUUUCUAGCAGGUAUCACAACUCUAAAUCAGCGCUCCCCAACCCCCGGGCCACGGACCGGUCCGUGAGUCGUUUGGUACCGGGCUGCGAGGGUUGAGGCUCGGGAGCAAAAUUUAUGGUUUUCAGCGUUUUUAUCGUUAUUUUUUUAAAUCGUUUUUAUCGUUAACUCGGUUUCCCUGGAUCUUUUCCUGUGUUAUGAAUAAAUCUUCUU